AUGGUUGAUGAUUCUGGAGUGUUCACCGAGCCCGCGGUGGAAGAUCGCGACCCAGACAUGCCUCCGAAUGCAAUUCAAGUAGAGAACCAGGUGAUUACGAGCGAAUCCUCAUUGGAGUUACUUAAGAGUGCAUGUGCAGCAUGCGGUAUUGCUUCUACCGGGAACAAGUCGCAGUUGUGGAAGCGCUUGAGUGACUUCGUUGUGCAGAAAGAGAUGGUUGACCAGAAGAGCAUCGCGCACACGCUUGAGAGAGAGAUGACGCGGAGACCAGAGUCGCAGAGCGUGGUGUCAGCUCCCACGCAGCAGGAGAGAAAUCGGCAUGCGCUCACACAUUACCCAUUUCAACCGUGGUGCCCAGUUUGCAUCGCGUUCAAGAGCAGGCAAGAUAGGCAUCCCAGUGUUGCAGAUCACAGUGAUUCCGCGGUCUCUGUUGUCUCGUUUGACUAUGGUUUUGUUGGUCUUGAGGCAGCAGGUGAUCAAAUGACAGUGUUAUUCGUGGCGGACAGGCAAACAAAGUGUCUGCAUGCAAUUCCGGCUAAAUCCAAAGCGGGAUCGUCACUUUCUCAUCUCGUGACGGAGUUGACAAGAUUUGUGAGCUGGCUUGGACAUGAUGAAGUACGCUUUCGUUGUGACAAUGAGAACCCUAUGAGAGUUGUAGCAGAGGGAGCGAAGAAAGCGUGUCGAGGAUGUGGCAUCAGAGUGCAGUCAGACACAACACCAAUCGACAGUCAUGAGUCAAAUGGUCCAGCCGAGCAAGCAGUGCAAGCCCUACGCCAACAAGCAUGCAUCCUCAUGAAACAAGUUGAACUUGGAGGUCUGAAAACUACGGUUGCUACAGACGAGAGUGAAGCCAAGCGCGACAUCGACAACCCAGGAAGCAUCUUUGGAAUCAAACAUCCUUUGUGGAGCUGGGCGGUGAACCACUCAGCAUGGCUAUACAAUCGUUUUCAUGUAGAACAUGGCGAAACACCUUUUGAACGAGCCUGCAAAAUGAGCUACGCCGGCAAGGUUUGCAUGUUCGGGGAGCGCAUCAUGGCGUACAUUCGCACAGGAUCGAUGGGCAAAGCAGCCCCUCGCUGGAUAGAGUGCAUUUGGUUGGGAAAGACAACCUUGAAUGAUGUUCACAUUGUGUGGGCGAAGGGUGCUGGUGUGUUCGUCUCAAGAUCAAUCAGGCGAUUUGAGCAGCCGUGGGACAUCGAUCUCGCUUCCAGCAUGGAUGUCUAUGCAUGGGAACAUGGGCUAGCAAACCUUGGAGGUGUGCUCAUCCCAAAGAAGCGAGUGCAGCAUCCGAAGCCGACUGAGGUUCCUCUGAUGGUCGACAUGUUGCCGCCGGUUCGAUGUCUUUGCCCGGUGAAAGCAGUGGGUCCAGUGACAUGUCAGGAACAAGUGUGCAUGCUGAGCCCAGACAAAUUCUUCCUGGCUUACCUGUGCCCGCUGGUGAAACGCAUAACCCAGGCGGACUACGAGAUGUUCGAGAUGGCGGGGAUGGUGAUAUGGCCCGAGAAUCCUAGACCUACGACUCGGCGACGAAUCAACUUGAUCACAGGAGCUGGUGGUCUUGUUCCUAUUGAGGAAUGCAGUGCAAUUCGGCUUGUGUCCACACACGAUGAUGUGAAGAGUGAGUGCAUUGUGAACGGUGAGGUUUUCACGCAUGAAGAUGAAGUCCAAAAUCUUGUAUUCGAUACCAAAGCGGCUGAGGACCUUGAGAAUUAUGAUUUCGAUCUCGAUGACAGCAAGGACGACAUGCAUCUUGGAAGUGAAAUUGACCCUCGUCUCGCGGUCCCUUGGCAUGAUGAGUAUGAGCCACAGAUGACAGAAGACAGACUUCGAGAGUUAGAUGACAUUGCGGAUCAACACGAGCUGAAGCGGCUCGGGAUGAUGGGAGUCUUGCUCCCGCCGGAGACUGUUAAUGACGCGGGUGGCCUUAUCAAGAAGCUAUCCACAAAGAUGGUUAGGAGUUGGCGUGAGAAGUCAACGCCGACAGGAGAACCGAUUUGGCUGCGUAGGAGUCGGUACGUAGCUAGAGAGUUCGCUUGGUUAAGUGAGCGUGAAGACCUGUUUUCGCCAGCUUCGUCAUGCAUCGCACACCGCAUCUUGCCGAUGUUGGUUCUACAAAAUCCUGACUGGGUUCUGGCGACGAUAGACAUCUCGGACGCAUUCUUGACGGUAGACCAAAUCGAGCCCACCAUUGUCUCGUACAUAGACAAGGAUGGAAAUGAAACCGUGUUUGCGUUGGGAAAGGUCUUACCCGGCCAAAGGUGUGGAUCACGUGACUGGUACGAGUCAUUCACAGAGUACCUGAAGGAGGAGAUUGCAGUUGAAGUAUGUCUUAGUUAUCCCGUUCUUCUUCGCACACCCUCUCGAGAUUGUCUCAUGCAUCUUCAUGUCGAUGAUAUCAUGUCAGGGUGUACGCGUGAGAGACUGAUGAGAGACAUCCCCAGACUCGAGAAGAAAUACAAAGUCCAAGUGAGCAUUCUUGAAGUAGGUGGAAGCGUUCAUUUCUUGAAGAAGAAGCACAUUCUGAUGUCUCCCACAGAAAUGCUUAUAUGCCCGCACGUGAAGCACUUCGACAAGCUUUUCGAGCUGCUGUGCAUCAAGGAAAAUAACUACCCGAAGAAGAUCCCCUACGAUCCAAAACUUGACGAGCCAGACAACUCAGCACCUUUGGACAGUGCUGAGGCCACUAUCUUCAGGCACCUAGGGAAGUACCUUCUUCAUGCGCGGCAUCAUGCAGUGAGACUUCGUAGAGCUCGUGAGGGAGAAAGUCUUAUGGGUCAAUACGAAGACGUGAUUCCAAUCGAAACGAUGAGUGAUAGUGAUUGGGCCUCAAACAAAGCAACCCGGAAGUCAGUCACAGCGUCCAUGGUGUACAUGUCUGGAAGCCUGAUGUUCUCAGCAUCGCGGACCCAGAAGGUGAUAUCACUAUCUUCGGCCGAAGCUGAGGUGCACGCAGCAACAAGUACUAUGAUUGACGGUCUGAUGGUGAAGACGCUUCUUGACUUUGCAACUGGCUCCUCGGUGACCGUAAAUCACUUUAUGGAUUCGGCUGCAGGUCUUGGCAUCCUUAAGCGUUCAGGCAUAGGGAAAGUCAGACAUUUGUCAUGUAGAAUAUUGUGGACACAAGAUGCAGUCAAGCGCGGUGUAGUGACAUUGAACAAGAUUGACACGAAAAUCAACACAUCAGACUUGGGCACGAAGGGCCUAUCCAGAGCUCGCAUCAACCUGUUGCUCAACUUUUGCGGCAUCUUUGAUUGCGAGUUGGAGUGUUUGGUAGGAGAGGAAGAGCGUAGACAGUUCGAAGAGCAGAGCACUAUGAAACAAAACAAAGCCGUUUUGGGCAAGCUCUCGAAAGCGCAACUUCGUAGAUUGAUUGGGAUGGUUCUGAUUGGUGACGCCUUGGGCCCCGUCUACGGCAUGAACACAGAUCGUGAUCGAGAUGAUUUCAACGGCAUGAUCAUUCAUUUAAGCCCGAGUACCAUUGUGCAGAUCGUUAUCCUUUGGGGAGUCGUGAUUGUCAUCGUGAUGUUGGUGGCAGCGGUGGCAUGGUGCUACACAGUCGGGAGAUCCAGAAAGGCAGAUGCUGAUGAUCAUGAUGACGAGCUAAGUCCCAAGCACCGUGGAGCGAAAUCAAAAUACAGAUCAAAGCCGCCACCACGUGAUAGCACAGUGGAUGAUGUUCAUGAUGAGUUGGGGAAUGCAAACAUAAAGAGUAUCCGCGCUGAGAUGGUCCUCGAAAUCCUCGUGAAGAUCGAAGUUCGAGCGAAGCCAGUAUGA